UUGAGCUUGCGAGAGGCUUUGGUUCCUUACCGGCUUUCUCUCUGUCUCUCGUUGACGGGAUGGUAGUCCUACAGCUUGUUGCGCUUCUGGCGCCGUUGUCCUAUCUCUUCUUACCUCAAGUCACAGAGGCUCAAUACUUACAGGACUACUUGCCUGAUACUACCAAUCCCGGCAACUACCUAUACAAGUCUGUUCCACAGAUUGCGCCAUGGCGCGUUAUCAACAUCGAACCUUAUACCAUCUACCUAGUCUACAACUGUUACUACAUGAGAGAAAUCUGCAAGAAUGCCGAGCUCUUCGGCGGAACCGCACGAGGGCAGAAUCUGCAUCCCCAAAGCGGUCUCCCCAAUGAUGUAUAUGGUUAUGAUCUAGACACAGGCGAGGCUCCCACAGGCGAACCAAAGACUCAUCAAGAGUCUCGUCGUACCGCAUCUUGUCCGGAUAGCUGGAAGAAUACCCACACCUGUCCAGAAGCAGACGGGACUCAGAGGAGGCCCAUGCGACAUGACGGCGAGUGGUUCACAACCGCACUUGAGCCGGGGACAACUGUCAAUAACCUAAUGAACCUGCGCGUCAAUAACCAGGUAGUCAGAUACUCCAAUAUCCGGUACACGUGCGAUGAGUUCCCACCGGCCACCUGGGUUGAAGGUGGAAAUGGCUGGGGUGCAGGCUCCCCUUCCAACACGCGGUGUGCCGCACUCGCCUGCUCAAAUUUCAACGAGCCUGUUGUCAAGGCGGAACAAAAUUGGCAGGGGCUCUCCCACGGCGUGUUACGCUUAGAGCUCCAAAGCGCAGCCCAGAACCAACCUGGCUAUAGUGCAUCCAGGUCCAUCAUUCUCUUCAGGUUCCGCGCCGAUAAUGACGGCCCGGACGGCAUCGCUGCCCGCGUAUAUGUCAUGGAGGAUAUUGGCAAUGCGGAUCAGUUGGUGGCUGACCGCUAUACGACCCAAGCAAAACGCCAAAUUCGCGUAAAUUCUACCAUGACUGGUCCAGGGUUGACGGUGGAGGAGCUCAAAGCCCAAGUAAGGGCGGGUUUGGGUUACGAAACUCUGGUGCACGAGAACUUGACUGUCAGCAAACCAGAUCUGGUGGGCCGAUCGAUGCCCCUGCUUGACAUCCCCGGCAUGCCUGGCAUGGAUCGACCGCCCAAUUGGAAUCUGGAGGUCAAGAUGGAACAGCAAGAGGCAAGAUCGCGUACCAACGCAACGCUUCCCAGGAGCCUGCCAGAGAACCUGAAGCCCGUGCUCCAAAGGAUCCCAUCCCACAAAGUCACGCCGCUGAUCAAGAGGGCCACGGCGGCAGAGCUGAAAUCCGCCCGCAGCAUCGUGACAAAGGCCCUUGCCGAGUCGCAGAAGCUCAACAAGGCGCGCGUGGCGAAUCCGCUCCGCAACAAGUACAGCUUGAGACCUGGAACAAAGAUUGCGGGAGGCACGGCUCCAGGCGACAGCAGGAUCCAGUCCAUCAACAAGGAUGUCCCACCGCUUCUGGUCAUCACCGACGAGAUUGCCGCGGCGGCAGCACUGGUGGCUGAGGCAGAGAUGAAGGGCAAGUUACGGAACGUUACGAGGCGUGCUGCAGCAGCCGGCUCGGGAACGUUUUGGAUGCAAGAUAUUGCCCGUAAAGGCACAGUGCCUUGGGGAGACGAUCCCGACUAUGUCAUCUUCCGAAACGUGCUCGACUAUGGAGCGGUGGGCGAUGGUGUUACAGACGAUACAAAGGCCAUUAACAAGGCCAUGGGGACAAACAGCACUAGAUGUGGCAAGGGCUGCAACGGGUCAACCACCAAGAACGCCAUUGUCUACUUCCCGCCCGGAACCUAUCUGGUAUCCUCUACCCUUGCCAUGCCCUUUGGCACGCAGGUCAUUGGUGACGCCAACAACCGACCGACUCUCGUGGCUGCUCCAAGCUUUGUUGGUCUAGGUGUGCUGUCCACGGACGAGUAUACAGGUACAGGAGGCACUGGUAUUGACGGCGGAGACCCUGAGUACUACGUCAACACCGCCAACUUCUAUCGUCAGAUCCGAAAUAUCAUUAUAGACGUUCGACAAGUCACCGCCGGAGCCACCAUCACAUGCAUCCACUAUCAAGUUGCUCAAGCCACGAGCACCCAAAACGUUGAGCUGAUAGCCAAGUCUGGCACGGAGCAAAUUGGUAUGUUCGCCGAGAAUGGCAGUGGCGGAGGUAUCUCCGACAUCACAUUCACUGGCGGCGGCAUCGGCCUCAAGGGAGGCAAUCAGCAGUUCACGGCGCAGCGUCUCAACUUUAACGGCUGCGAUAUUGGAGUCCAAGUCAUUUGGGACUGGGGUUGGGUAUGGAAGUCUGUUAAUAUGAAGAACGUGGGCACUGGCUUUCAGCUUGUCGGUGAUAAUGGGGUUGGAAAUAUCGGUUCCGUCUCCAUCUUGGACUCGUCUUUCACAAGCGUCAACAAAGCAAUCGUUGUCAACCCCAUCACAUCGACUCCUGGAAAGGGCAGCACGGGAGUGUCUCUCGAGAACGUUGCCCUCUCAGGAGUUGGCGUGGCCGUCGCCGAUACAUCUGGCGCAACUCUUCUGGCCUCAUCAGGCCUCAUUGACCAGUGGGUCGUCGGCCCAGUCUACGAAGGCGCGGCGACUGCUCGCUCCUUUUCCAAGGGCGGCAAGAUUGGAAACUACCGCAGGCAUUCGACUCUUUUGGAUGGCCAAGGCAACUACUUUGAGCGUGAAAGGCCGCAGUACGAAGAUCAGGCGGUUUCGUCGUUUGUGCAUACCAAGGACCUCGGCUGUGCAGGAGACGGUUCGACCGACGAUACGGCAGCUUUCCAGGCAGCCCUGUACGCCAGCUUGGGCAAGAUUCUCUUUGUUGACGCCGGAACGUAUAUCCUCACGUCGACAAUCACCAUUCCUUCCGGUGCCAAGAUUGUGGGGGAGACUUGGUCGCAACUGGCUGCGACGGGCUCGUAUUUCUCGGAUGCUAGCAACCCCAAAGUCUUCAUCAAAGUCGGAACGGACGGCGAAGUUGGCAAUGUAGAGAUGCAAGAUCUUCUGUUCACGACCCGGGGCCCAACGGCCGGUGCCAUUCUCGUCGAAUGGAAUCUCCAGGCUGAGUCCCAAGGCGCCGCCGGGCUCUGGGACUGCCACGCGCGCGUAGGAGGUGCCACAGGGACGGAGUUGACACCUGCAGAGUGUCCUCCCGCCACGAGUGGCAUCGACCCGGGAUGCUCUGCUGCCAGUCUGAUGAUGCACCUGACGAAAUCCGCGUCUGGCUACUUUGAGAACAUGUGGCUCUGGGGAGCCGACCAUAUGAUUGACGACCCUGAUCUGAAAGAUGCAAACAACACCAUGGUCCAAACCUCCAUCUACAUUGCUCGUGGCUUCCUGAUUGAAAGCACAAAUCCCACCUGGCUUUACGGCACUGCCUCGGAGCACUCCGUCUUCUAUCAGUACAACUUCCACUCGGCAUCAAACAUAUACGCCGGCAUGCUACAGACCGAAUCGCCCUACUACCAACCAACGCCCCCGCCACCUGCUCCGUUUGCUAACGUUGUUGGUAAAUUCCCCGGGGAUCCCGAUUAUACGUGCGCUGCUGGAGACGAGUUCAGCGGCUGUGACGAAUCCUGGUCUACCAUCAUCACAGGCUCUGAGAACAUAUUCAUCGCGGCCGCAGGCAUUUACUCUUGGUUCUCGACCUAUGCCCAGACCUGCAUCGAUACGCAGCAGUGUCAGAAAGCCCUCAUGCUUCUCAAAAACAACUUUGCCAACAUUCGCAUCACGAAUCUCGUGACAAUCGGCUCCAAGUACAUGGCUGUCAUGGACGGCAAAGGCAUCGCGGCCGCGGACAACCUCAACGUCGACGUCCACCCGGACUGGUCUCAGAUCAGCCUUCUCGACGUGGGCAGCAACGGCACCACCAACUUUGACGAGUACCUCUGGAUCGACCCUGCGAUUUGGGACAUGGAUCAGCCUCAGUUUACCUGCUCUCCGCCUUGCAAUGUCAAGAUACCGCCGUGGACCGGCGCAACCAGCACCGUCGACUACCCUCUCAUCACCGUCAGCCAAGGAUCCUGGACGAGCACAAUCACGCAGCCGCCGCUGACCAUCACGGAGUGGGUGUUUGAGGCGGCAACGUUGACCCAGGACGCCGCCGCCAAGAGGAAACGCGCAGCAGAGACUCUGUGGCCCGUCCCGGCAACGACGCCGUUCUGGCCUGCUGUUGUUUAUAAUGGCGGCAUUGAUGGGAAACAGACGACGACGUCCGCCACGGAGCCUUUCCCCAAGCCUCCCAAGUCCAUCGGCCCCGGUGCCCCUGCGCCGCCGUCCGGAAGCUGGCCCAAACGCGGCAUUCAGCCUAUAUUCGGCCUUCCCGAAGGUCCGCUGGGGUUGGAAUGCUCCUUUCUCAACUUCGUGGACCCUGACUGCGUCACACAGCCGUGGUUCUAUGGCAAUUUCACUGCUCCUGGAGGCGACGGUGGCGACAUUGAAAACCUCUGGGACCAGAGGACGAGAUGCCCUGCCACCACCAGCACAAAGUCUUCCACCAGCUCCAAACCAUCACCCACUCGACCCGCGCCAUCGCAUUACGACCAGGGCGACCCGCGGACCAACUCUGUCAAGUGCUACAACAGCGGCGAGACCACCGAGGACAUACGGAUGCAGAACGCGGCAAAGAGCUUCUGCGGCGACAUCUCCAACGACAUUCUGGGCCCCGGUUACUUUGCGUCCAAGAAAUUUCCGUUCCCGUACAACGGAGGCAUUGGCAUAGUUGACAUCACGAUAUCGCUUCAGAUCAAGCCGCGGUGCAGCUUUGACACCAUCAGCGCGUUGAGUCGGAGAGAUCUGCAGGGAAGAGACAAUCCCAACUUUGACAUGACCUUGUGUGAGAAGUAUCUGUCUGUGCCUGCGGACAGCUGUAACUGCGCGGGGGUUAACGGGAAGCAGGGGGGUAUCGUGGAGAAUAACUGCUAUAUAUGGAGGAUUGAUCCUAAUCGUGAUUUAUAGUGAGGGUGAAGUAAGGGAUUUGUUAUGCGCUGUAGAGAAGCCGUCUGAAUAUUGCUAUAAUUCAAGUAAUAAGCAUUUACUUUAUCGACCUUGGCUGAAUUGCAAGAAAUGGAGUAGAAUCCUCGUUUCGCAAACAAAU